AUGCCUCCCCUCUACGACGCGAUGGGCCUCGCGAAUGCGCUCCGUGAGGACGCGCUCCCCGCUCUGCAGGCCCUCGAAGACCGACCACAUCUACGCGAGCGCGGCCUCCGUCGCUUUGAAAGCGACGAGCCUCCUCCCUACGAAUCAUCCACCGAAUAUGACGAGGAAGAUCUACUUUCACGGGUCAUGCCGGCUGGCGCAAGCGAACUGACUCAAGAGGAUCGCGACAUAUUCAUGGCGCCGCUUAACGAAAGCGAACGUCGCUCUGUUGCGUCGUUUUUGUUCGGAAAGUAUGAAGCCGGUUCGCGGUUUGCAUUGGAGGCGAAUGUCCAGCGCGACCGUAUUUGUAGUUGGGCUAAGCACCAUCCCAACCCGGACGUGCGCCGCCUCUUGGCGCCUCUUGGGUCUGGGAAGAAGCUUCAACUUGCUGAGCGGCGAUGCUCCAUCGUUGCUCGGCACAUUGUCAAGCGGCGGUGGGAGAGGCUUGGCGUGUGGGGCCCAGAAUGGGGCAUCCCCGAUAGUGGUUGCCAUUUCGAUGACCCAACAUACCGGCCUGCUCGCUUGGGCCCAUGGCCAGGCGAAUUCGACCAGGCAUCCGACUACCAUCCCGUUCGGCGAGCUGCUGAGUUGCGCCAGGGUCUUUACCACGGCGAAUAUGCCCCGGUCCAACCUCGCUCGCACUUGACCGCGUCGUCCUCGGAUUCUCAAAAGGAGUCGUUCAUUACGUCCCGCCCUUGGUUUCAGUUUUCCUUGGAGUCUGUAGAGUGGUUUUGCAGAGCUGAUCGUUUCGACAAUCGUGCAAAACGCACCAGUUUCAAGAGGGACACAUACCAGCGAUGGGUGGACCGUGGUGAUUGGCAAGACAAGUGGAACCACCAAUUACAUGGCAAGAGUGUCGUCGGCUGGAAAUGGCGCCACGAGAGUCCAAGCCCGGAGCCGGACGACCUUUCGGACGUUGAAGAUAUUGCCGGCCUGGAACUUACUCCCUCUGAAGCCGAUGCGUUUGACAACAUCCCCAGUGCACCUCCGACGCCACCACCACGACCGCCAUCACCGAUUGAUCUUACAAAGCCGCCGACGAAUCCCUUUGCGAGAAUGAUGCAGGACAUGAGGCGGGCCGAGCUCGCGAGGGAGGCCGCGGCGGCAGAAGCAGCGGCGGCCGCAGCCGAGGCCGCGGACGAUGGCAACGCUGCUGGCGACGUCGCUUCUUCGUCCCAGCCGGACGAAGAACGUCCGGGCGGUGAUCAGCUGCCACAUCCAUCACUGCCGCAGCCGGCGCCCACGCGGGCCUCUCGACGGAAAAAGGCAAUGCCACCACCUCAAGAGCCACGUCCACUCCGGCGCAGUGCUCGCAUCGCCGCCUUGGCCGCGCGACAGCCACCAGCGCCAGUGAAACCGCAGCCAGCGCGGCAGACGCGCCGUGGAAAAGGACAACAACCGGCAAAGCAAGCUGCCACGGCAGACAAUAGCCGGUCGAAACAGAGGAAAGGAAGUGCGGGCAUCAGAAAGCGGAAACCCGCGCCGAAGCGUCGGCGUUGA